CAUUAGUCAAAUCAAUACGACUCAAUAGCCAAUCCUUUGUAAGCACAAUCAAAUUCUAAAGCCUGAAUAUCAAUACAGUUAUCCUCAAUUACCUUUGAGAAGUCACUGAACAACAUGCCCGCCCACAACAUCCCGAGAUUUGUUCUCUCCGGCAACGACCGUAUGCCGGUGAUCGGCCUAGGUUCCGGCGCAUUCGAAAUUCCCGGCGGUGUCGUGAAGACGGCAAUCAUAGAGGCUAUCAAAGUAGGUUACAGACACUUUGAUACUGCUUCACUUUAUGGGACAGAACAGCCAAUAGGUGAAGCCAUAGAAGAAGCUCUCAAACUUGGCCUUCUUGGGUCAAGAGACGAACUCUUCAUCACUUCCAAGCUGUGGCUCACUGAUGCUCAUCCUGAUCGUGUUCUUCCUGCUCUUCAAAAAUCUCUUGGGUUGCUAAUGCUGGAAUAUCUAGACCUUUACUUGAUCCACAUGCCCGUCAGUGCAAAGCCUGAGAGCAACAGUUUGUUCCCAUCUAAAGAGAACAUAGCAGAAUUAGACAUAAAGGGAGUGUGGGGAGCAAUGGAAGAGUGCAAAAAACUUGGUCUCACAAAAUCAAGUGGAGUUAGUAACUUCCCUGUGAGGACACUUGAGAGUUUAUUGUCAGUGGCUACAAUUCCUCCUUGUCUCAAUCAAGUAGAAAUGAACCCUACAUGUCAACAAAAGGAGCUAAGAGAAUAUUGCAAAGGCAAGGGUAUACCUAUAACAGCAUAUUCUCCUCUGGGGGCUCCAGGUUCAGCAUGGGGCAAUAAUCGGAUCCUGGACAAUGAAGUACUCAUUGGGAUUGGUAAAUCUCAUGGCAAAACAGUUCCGCAGGUUGCCCUGAGAUGGUUGUAUGAGCAAGGAGUUGGUUUUAUUGCCAAGAGUUUCACCAAAGAGAGAAUGAAACAGAACUUAGACAUAUUUGAUUGGUCACUUACACAAAAUGACUUGGAGAAGAUCAAUCAAAUCAAACAGAUGAGAUUUAAUCAAGAGAACCCUUUGUUCGAAUAUAUUGCUUGAUGCUUACAUCAUUCUUAAACUCCAAGUCACAUCAUAAGAGCCAUUUCGUUUUAACAUUUUGUUUCUGUUUUAUGUCUUAAUCUUGCCAUAAAGUGGUUAUAGACCAUUGUUGUACGUUGCCCAUAAAUAGUGUUCGUACCUAUAUUUAUUGUGAGCUUCAAAUAAAGAUGUGAUUUUGUACAGUUGCGAGUGCUGCAACGUUUCGGUACACUUGUUUUGUGAUUCUAUGAAGGAAUAAUGAUGUGAUUUUAUUAUUCUUACCAAUAAAAAAGGUUAUUGCUU